GGGAACAGAACAAGUGCACUGGAGACUAGACAGACACCCUCCUACAACUCCAGGACAUAGUUAUAAUGAUCCGAUCGACUUCUCAGGCAUAGAUAUCGAUUUUAUUCGUUUAUUUCAAGUCUUUUUUUGUUUUCUUUUAAUUUUUGUACAGUGGUAAUACUCCCAGUGCCCCGUGGAGGACAUCCUAGGCGGGCGAAAGCGAAUAGUCUUCGGUGAUAGAAGUCUGCUCUGAGAGUAGUCAGUGUCUACUGCACCGCCACGGCGUCUCUUUUUCGAAGCAGUAGGUUUAAAGGCGACCGAGAAAAUGUUUAUAUCAGUGAUGUUUAUGAUUAUUUUCGUCGGAACUGUUAUUUGGCACUUUGCCUAACUUUCGUCGCUGCCAGUGUCAAAUUUAUAUGAAAAAUUUAUACCGAAAGGAAUCGGACAGUGGUGCAAGGAUUUGUUGAGAAACGCAGUAAAAGUCCGUGGAAAAAAAAAAAAAACUAGUACUACAUUAGACAGAUACCAAUAAAGGCAGAGCCAUUAAAUACAAAUUUAGGACGUAAAAGAAUACAAAAUCACGGAACCAGUUAAUGAACUUAGUUUACCACGCCUUAUAGACACCGGACUUUGAUUGUGAAAAAGUGCUGACACUUUCAAAUGAGCGAAAUUUUCCAUUCCUCCCAAGAAUGUUGGUGAUUACGAAUAUGAGGACCAUUCUGUCGUUACAACUCGUCGCUUUUCAGCUCGCUGCUGUUGCGACAGAAGGAGAUGUCGUCAGUGCGAUCAAAGACGAGGAAAGGAAAGUCGUUGUUGCAAAAUGCCCGUCUCUCACGUCUGGAGUAGACGACGAUGCCAACUCCUUUUGCGAAUGCUUGUCGACCCCCUUGCCUGCAAAUCGAGAAUCUGUCCAAAUUAAGUGCAGUUUUAACAACACUGAGGAUGUUCUGCUCAACGAAGCGCUGUAUCCAUUCCGUAACAUGAGUCUAGGCAGCGCCUACGUCAGGGUUGUGAACGCGACCAGAGUCAACGUGACCCAGGGCUUCCUGAGGGAGUUGAUGCAGUCGCCCUCCAUCGCUCUAGACAUCUGGGGAGCUGGUACCCUCGUGCUGGAUUCCAUGCCCGACCCGGAAACCGACAAGUUCAAGAAAUUCAAGACCUUCGUUGGAGUGGGUAUUAGCGACUGUUAUGUGCCGGAAGUACCCAAAUAUUUCCUUCGUAACAGGACGCGAGGUGGACUGAGGAUCAAGAAGAGUCGAGUUGGCAACUUUCGUUCAGGUGUUCUGCAUAACAUGGAAGAGAUGAGAUAUUUGGUUUUUGAGGAUUCAGUCAUACACUCCUUCGAAGGCCCAGUCGCUACAGAAGGAUUUGUCACACUCAGCAAGAGACAACUCCACGCCUGGACAGGACUUGUUAUAUCGAAUACCACAAUUGAUGUCAUCGGCUCCGGCACUUUCAAUCUCACACAUAAGGUCGGUUGGAGAGAAAAGAGUGUCGGUGUAAUGUUUAUUUCUUUUUCAAAACAUGCUGACUUCAUGAAUCUGAAAUAG